AUGAAUUUGGCCACUAUCCGACUGUUAGUCGCCUCAUUUUGGGUCUCGGUGGCAGCGGCACGCUUCACAGCCAUCUCGUCUUCGGGUGCUGAAUGCGUCGACAUUGGCGGACGCUGUCACGCGACUAAUGGCAAUGGUUCCGUGUCCAUCCCGGCAACCGUGCCAGGCCUGAUCCAGACGGAUCUUUACGCUGCCGGCGUACUCCCGGAUCCCUUCCUGGACAAUAACUUCGAGCUGUACAACUGGGUCCCGCACGACAACUGGACAUUCUCGCGAUCUUUGCCGCGGUCCUCACCCAAGGGCAAGCAGUGGUCUGAGUUCAAGAGAGUAUACGUCGUAUUUGAAGGAAUUGACACGGCCGCCAAUGUCCGACUGGAUGGCCAGGCCGUCGGGUUCGCCGACAACCAGUUCAGGCAAUGGGCGUUUGACGUGACCAAGCAUAUCACCAAGCGAUCUGAACUAGAACUGCAAGUCGAAAUCUAG